AUGGGGCUCCUUUUACUUCUAAUAAUUUGUCAGUGUGCCAUAAACAGUAUCAAAACACACAGUGUUUCAAAGCCCAAUAUAAUUUUAUUGAUGGCUGAUGAUCUUGGUAUUGGAGACCUGGGAUGUUACGGGAACAGAACCUUAAGAACCCCUAAUAUUGACAGGCUAGCAGAGGAAGGAGUGACACUUACUCAGCAUGUAGCAGCAUCCCCACUUUGUACUCCAAGCAGGGCAGCUUUCCUGACAGGGAGAUAUCCUAUAAGAUCAGGAAUGGCUGCCUUCUCACGAGUUGGUGUCUUCUUAUUUUCUGCCUCUUCUGGGGGACUUCCUUCUGAGGAAAUAACUUUUUCCAAACUCCUGAAGCAGAGAGGUUAUGCAACAGCUCUAAUAGGAAAGUGGCAUCUUGGGAUGAACUGUGAAAGCAGUAAUGACUUCUGUCACCACCCCCUCAGUCAUGGAUUUGAUUACUUUUAUGGCCUUCCCGUGACCAAUUUGAGAGACUGCAAACCUGGCCAAGGCAGCGUAUUUUUAAAGGGUGUUCAGAAACACCUUGUCAUCCCAAUCCAAAUCACUGGAAUUGCCAUUGUGUCUUUGGCAAUGGUGCAGUAUAUUGGCCUUCUCAGAGUACCCUUCCAAGCAUUGGGUUACUUCUUGUUAAUAAUAACAAUUUCACUUGUGAUUUUGAUUUUUUUCUUCUAUCAUUUUCGACACCUAAACUGCUUUUUAAUGAGGGACCAUCAGAUUAUCCAGCAGCCACUGUCCUAUGAGAACCUUACUAGGAGGCUGACAAAAGAAGCCAUGCAGUUUAUUGGAAGGAACACUGGUACACCAUUUCUUCUUGUCCUCUCUUAUCUUCAUGUCCAUACUGCUCUAUAUGCUUCAGAAAGUUUCAAAGGAAAGAGCAAGCAUGGUUUAUAUGGUGAUGCAGUGGAGGAAAUGGACUGGAGUGUAGGGCAAGUUCUGAAUGUACUGGACAAGCAUAAUCUGAGUAACAAAACUCUUGUAUACUUUACAUCUGACCAAGGUGCUCAUGUUGAAGAAAUCUCCAGUGCUGGAGAAGUCCAUGGAGGAUACAAUGGUAUAUAUAAAGGUGGAAAAUCAACAAACUGGGAAGGAGGUAUUCGUGUGCCAGGUCUUCUCCGCUGGCCUGGAGUGGUGCAGGCUGGUGCCCAUAUUGAUGAACCAACGAGUAACAUGGAUAUAUUUCCUACCAUAGUUAAACUUGCAAAUGCACAGUUACCCUCUGACAGGAUUAUUGAUGGACAUGAUCUGCUACCUUUACUUCAAGGAAAAGUUACUCGAUCUAAGCAUGAAUUUCUUUUCCAUUACUGCAAUGCAUAUUUAAAUGCAGUGCGCUGGCAUCCAGGAAACAGUGAAUCUGUCUGGAAAGUGUUCUUCUUCACUCCAAACUUCAGUCCUGAGGAUUCCAGUGGUUGCUAUGAUUCUCACGUUUGCUUCUGCCAUGGAGGAUUCAUUACACGACAUGAUCCUCCACUGCUCUUCGAUCUGUCCAGAGACCCUGAAGAGAAAGUCCCACUGACUCCAGAAACUGAGAGCCAUUUCUACGAAAUCCUCAGGAUUGUGCACCAAGCAGUAGACAACCACACCAGAUCCCUGCAUGCUGUUCCUAACCAGCUGUCAUGGGACAACCUUCUAUGGAAACCAUGGCUCCAGCUCUGCUGCUCAUCUCUCUUUCAGUCUUGUUAUUGUGACUAUGAGUCAGGAGGGAGUCCACUGCAGCUGCAUUUGGGAUAAACAAGCUGAAAUUCCUUUUCAGAAACUGGACCUGCAGAGUGAGGGUGUCUGACUUGAACCUGUGGUUUUGUUGCGUUGGAGGACCAGUCUUUAAAUACAUAUUGCAGUAGAAGAGAAUUUCAAUCUAGAAAACCUGACAAGAGUGGGAAGGCAAGACACACCUCCUCUGUCUUUAUCACUCAGCAUGAAGGACAUGUUGCCAUCCUCAUCUAUACAUGGGUAGACUUGAAGGCAUUUUCUAUGGGAGAGUUUUCUAAACCUUCAGCUUGAGCUUUUUUCUUACACAGCAAAGAGUUUGCCUAUUGGUUCUGUCAAUCACAACUACUGAAUCAUAACUACUAAAUGCAAACUUUCCUGUCCUUUUUACUAAGUGUUAUCCAUUAGUAGGACAUAACACUGAGUAAUUGAAAACAGAGAGAUAAUAGUGGAGAGUGACAGUUGUUAACUGAUGGAUAGGUUAAGAGGAAACUUGCAGCAGAUCUCUAUCAACAGCCUUGACACAUAUGAAAAAACUGACAGAUUACCAGCAGUCUAACUUUGAAUGUGCCAUAAAAAUGC